UCACGACCAUCUCACGACCGCGCCAAAACUCUAAUUGCCGGCUUUCGGCGCAUAUACGAGAAGAGAUCUCAUUAUACGUACGACCCUAUCUCACAAUUGGACCCCGACCACCUCAAAGUCUAUUUCUUUCCUUCCACCAUCGCAAAAUGCACGCCGAAACGCUCCCGCCGUACCGGCACGUCUCCUCGCGGCCAAUCACGCUCGCCGGUGCCUCAAAUAUGCUCUCUACAUAUCUCACGAACUCGGAAUCGCACCCACACCUGCACCCUGAUGCGCUCAUAACGCCUAGCGGGGUCAAUUUCAGUUCACAUGGCGGUUUCAAGGGCGGCGUAGUCAUGCACAACUUGCGGCGAGUCGCGGCAGGACUACGAGGCGAAUAUCUGGAACCGGAGGGGACACCUGAGCCAGAAGAUCAGGAACAGGGCAACGCUAGCGGAGCAAACGGGAAGACCAAGCAACGCAAGAGGAGAGACGCAGAACCCGGGGCCAGCGAUGGAGAGGAAUGGCAGAACAUGUCUGAGUGGGAGAGGGAAGAGGGGGAAGUCGAGGUUGGCGAGGUCGGAGAUCGAACUAAUGUCGUGCAAGAGGGUGGGGAGGCGCCGGAGAUUGAGGACACCGGUAGGACAGAAGUAGACAAGGGCAGCAAGAAGAAGAGGAAGAAGAACGGAGAGGAAAAGCUGGAUAAGAACGCGAGGAAGAAGGCAAAAAAGCAGAGAAAUAAGGAGCGUAAGGCUCAGAAGGAGAAGGAGAGAGCCAAGGGGUCGGAUUAGAGGUGUCUCGAAACCAUUGAUGCACCACACCACGAUUCGGGGACGUCUCCCGUCAGAGGCUCACCUUCGGUCACGUCUCGAAAUCUGCGC